ACUAUUUAACAGUGACUAAUGGCCCAACGAGAAGCUUGGCUUCGCCGGCGAUCAUUGAUGCCGGCGGACGUGAAUCUCGUCUCUCCUUGUUACCAAUAUUAAUCUUUUAAUUGUAUUUUCGAUAUUAUUUCUCGCCUCUUUGUUUUUAGCUCGUAUGUCGUCAAUUCCGGGAAAGUAUGAUCAUGUCAAGGGUUGCGCAUUUUGUUGAGUUUUAUUUUGAGCCACUCAUUUGAAUAUUUGAUAUCUUCCUUCUAGACUAGGGAAGAACAUCAGUUUCUGAGUUACGUGGCCUUCAUUGGAUCACACACUUCGUUAUAAAUUCCAAAUGUUCAAACUUUUUUUUUUGUAAGUAAAUAAAAUGGCAGAGGAUACACCAAGAUAUGCUGUAGUUACUGGAGCAAACAGAGGAAUAGGGUUGGAGAUAUGCAGGCAAUUAGUGAGCAAUGGGAUUAGGGUUGUUUUGACCUCUAGAGAUGAGAAAAGGGGACUUGAAGCUGUUGAGACACUGAAGAAAGAGCUUGAGGUUUCUGAUCAAAGCCUUGUCUUUCAUCGACUUGAUGUCUCUGAUCUUGCUAGCAUCGCAUCUCUUGCUGGGUUUGUGAAAACCCAAUUUGGGAAACUCGAUAUCUUGGUCAAUAAUGCAGGAAUUGGUGGUAUAAUCACUGAUGUUGAUGCUCUAAGAUCAGGGACAGGGAAAGAAGGUUUCAAGUGGGAGGAAGUCAUCACAGAGACUUAUGAGCUGGCCGAAGAAUGCAUCAAAAUUAACUAUUAUGGACCAAAGAGGAUGUGCGAGGCAUUUAUUCCGCUUUUGCAGUUAUCUGAUUCUCCAAGAAUCGUCAAUGUAUCAUCCUCCAUGGGUAAACUAAAGAAUUUACUAAACGAAUGGGCAAAAGGAAUCCUGAGCGACGCAGAGAAUCUCACCGAGGAAAGAAUCGACCAAGUGAUUAACCAGCUUCUCAACGAUUUCAAAGAAGGUACAGUUAAGACAAAAAGCUGGACAAAGUUUAUGUCCGCAUACGUGGUUUCGAAGGCCGGGUUGAACGGUUAUACGAGGAUCCUGGCGAAGAAACAUCCCGAGUUUCGCGUAAACUCGGUUUGUCCUGGAUUUGUUAAGACGGAUAUGAAUUUCAAUACUGGAGUCUUGUCUGUGGAAGAGGGAGCAUCAAGUCCUGUGAGGUUGGCUUUGCUUCCGCAUCAAGAUUCUCCUUCUGGUUGUUUCUUUGAUCGCAAGCAAGUGUCAGAGUUCUGAAAUCUGUGUGUAGUGUGAGCAUAGUAUAAUAUGCCAAAAUAUCACUGAUGUAACGAGAACUAUCGUUUCAGUCAAUAGAACCUCUCAAAUAAAUGAUAAUAU